UGACAAACCAACCAGCGAUGAUGCGAGCGGCCUGGGUGGUGCUGGGCGUGGCUCGACCAAUCAGCUGCCAGGCGGUGGGUGCGGCGGCCGCGCCCAUCACCAAGCCCAACAGGUAGUUUAGUGUACUCGUCGCCACCAAGGAGUGAAGCUGUGUUUUCCACGCCUGUGAUACUUUGUAGAUAAAUUAAGCACUAGUGUGUGUUAGAUAUAUUUAUAUAUGUUGUAAAGAGAUUCUUUUAUUUAUUUUGCAUAGUGUUGUGUUGCUUUAUAGCAUGAAUUUGGUGCAGCCUGUCAACUCCGUCCCAACAGUGUUUUCUUACCUGUAUAAAUGAAUAUUCAGGAAUGCGAUGACAAGUUGUUAUUGAUCACGGGUCUUGUUUGUAUUGGAGAUACCCAGCCUGGACAGAGGCUUUCCCUGGUGUUAAUUCAACUCCCGAACAGCGCUACUAGCAAGCAAGAGAGUUGGCGUAACCGAAGAAGGGGUUAACAGUUCUCCUGUGCUCCUCAAAGUGCCUGCUCUAAAUAAGCGUCCAGCCAUGCACCCUAAUAUGACGUCCAAGGAGGGUGAGGUGCCCCCGGAACAAAUUGAACCUGUGGAUUUAAGCGUAAGGAACACGAAAACUUCCGGGGAAGAAGGACACACGGGUUACAAAGCACUUAAGGACUCAGGGGUUGUCCUUAAAGUUCCUACUUUUCCCAUCGCCCUACAGACGCUCGGCCUAGACCUUUCAUUGAAGGCUGUAACUGAGUCGCAGCCCUGCCCCGAAGACCCCUUUGGAGUAAGUUUCGAAGCCGCACUCAGAACCGGGUCAACUACCUUUCUCUCUAUACAGAAAAUAAGAGAUGCCUCUCUAGCUUUGUGCAGCAAGAGAUCCCUGAGCGAGAGCCCGUCGCCGCCUCCCGCCUCCUGCCCGCCCGCGGCCCACCUCACCUCCUCGGCAGUAUCGGUGUCCAUUUCCCCGUCGGCUGCUGUAGCUGCCGCUGCGUCCCUUCUAUCGCCUCCUUCUCACUCGCUUAUAUCUUCCUCCUCUUCAUCCUCAUCAUCACCGCCUUCACCUCCAGCAGGCUCUCGGCCACCAGGACGGCCCCCCCCUCCAUCCGCAGACUAUACAGACGCGCUGAGACGUCGAAAGGUUCAUCGGUGCGACUUCGAAGGGUGCGAGAAAGUUUACACCAAAAGUUCCCACUUAAAGGCUCACAAACGGACUCAUACAGGAGAGAAGCCCUACCAGUGCACAUGGGACGGCUGCAUGUGGAGAUUUGCACGUUCUGAUGAGCUGACUCGUCAUUAUCGUAAACAUACUGGCCAGAAGCCUUUCAAGUGCCAACUGUGCCAACGGUCGUUCUCUCGCUCGGAUCACCUUUCCCUCCAUAUGAAGAGGCAUUGUACUGCCUAAAGUUAUAGUGCACCCCUUCCGAGCUUAGAUCUCAUAGCUACCUAAAUGCAAUUAUCGAGACAUUUAAAGGCAGCACGAAGCAUUUAUUUAAUGAAUUAACACUCAGUUUAGUAGCCAAGUAAAUUAAAGUAGUACCAAGAGUCUUUUCUUUAUAUAGCUAUUACAUUUCAUACCGUGGGUAUAACAGGUAUGAGCUACAAAUGGCUUCUAAAGUGAAUUUACUGCCCAUUGGCAUUCUUUCCAAUUGUUACAAGAAGAAAUCAGUUUGGUGAUUUACAACAGUGAAUUGGUUUCCUGGGCUUCCCGUAUAAUGAACACUGAUGACAGUGCGUGAAACAGUUUCCAGUAUAUAAAAGAAAAGAAAUAUAUUGUAACAGUGUAUCAUUAGUGAUAGUGUGUGAUAAAACUGAAAAUAGUCAAAACAUUUGAAUUUCAAAUAGUGCACAUAGUGAUGGUGGAUAAAAGAAGCAAAAAUAUGACUAUCUGAAUAAUCUACAAAUCUGACGAGUGUUUUGCUCCUAAAGACAAUAUUACCCGACAUUAUACACUGAACCGCUGUCUUCCAGAUGCCUUGUGACUUAUCGUAGAGUGUAUUUUCAUUUCAGAGGAAUGAUGAGCUCCGAAGUCAUUCAACAUGAAUUGGAUUUUAUAAGUAAUCCUGAUCACUUUUGCUUGAUAUUUGGCAAGAUUAUGAUAUUC